AUGGUAGCUUCAUUAGAUGAGUCCGUCGGAAAGAUAUCCACUGCUUUGAAAACAAAGGGAAUGUUUGAAAACUCCGUUAUCGUUUUCACAACGGACAACGGAGGGGCACCUGCAGGAUUUGACAGGAGUCAGGGCUGCAAUUAUCCCUUCAAAGGAGGCAAGGAUACUUUAUGGGAGGGCGGAAUACGUGGAGUUGCCUUUGUUCACAGCACUCUGAUUUCAAACAAAGGUCGCGUAAGUUAUGACCUGAUCGACGCUUCUGAUUGGUUACCAACUUUAUAUUACCUCGCUGGCGCUCUAAAUUCACAGGUGCUCCAUAACAUUGAUCCCAUCCGUCAAUUCGCAGCUAUUCGUGUGAAUCAAUACAAGUUAGUUGUCAAUCAGGAUGCUGUUUUCAAUACCACAUGGCAUCCUCGAUAUGAAGUCUCUGGAAAGCUGGGGCGCAGCAAUCAGCCUCAUACGCUUCCUGGAGCCAUCAUUGAAUGCGGUCUUGAGAACACUAGCCAAAAGGUGGACUGCAAUACCAACCUAUUUCCAUGCCUAUUUGAUAUCAGUAAAGAUCCCUGUGAAUACCGAAACAUUGCUCAUGAUAACCUUCCUGUUGUCGAAAGGUUACUGCAGAGAAUGGCAGAACAUCAAAAGAGAGCCCUCCCUGUCUGGUACCCCCAAAGGGAUCCUUCCGCUGAUCCUUCACUACUGGGAGGCUCUUGGGGUCCCUGGAAAACGAACUGAGGGAUUGCUUCCAAAUACUGAAACCAACCUCACGAGAAAAGCCAAACAUUAAGUGAUAAGAAACUUUCAGUUUCGUUGACUUGUGUUUGUCUGACUGUCGUCAUGACACCAUGAAAGCUUAAAAACUAUAUCAACACCUCAAAGAUGAGAUCUUAAAGUUAUUAAAAUAACUAUUUUUUCUAAAGACUUCGACUAUCUAUCAGAAGAAUAUCAGCAUACGUAUAAUGCACGAUCCUCGCAGUAGAGAUAUCAGCACAAGUAACAAUACGUCGAACCCAAAACCUUAAAAGUAGCUCGAAACACGUUAUCUUAGGAAUGGGAAUACGUAACUUUGCUGAUAAUGGGGUCCAGAGAUUAGUUCUGAUUGGUCAACGCAGUAUUAGGUUACCUGAAAAAGUAAUGAUGUUCCCUGGUCAUCGAUCAUCGAGAUACAGAGUCAACGAAAGCUUCGCAUUAAUUUAUUAUUUUUUUAACGUAAUUUUGCAAACCUAUUUUCGUCUCUGUUUUCCAAGGAGAUCAGUGCUGUGUGUGGGCAUGCGGACAUGAAUGUAAAUAUUCCAAAAGAUACGAACCUUCCAAGAAAACCACGGCAGAACAAAACUGCCCGGCAAGUUCGUCCAAGUCCGUAGAAAAUGUUAAUUUUCCUCACAAGUAUAAGAACCAUACGUGUUUUCAGCUGU